AUGGAUGCAUCUCAUAGACUUCGCGAGGCGGUGACGAUGCAGUUAGACUGGGUGACCGUCCUGCUAACUGAACGCCGUCGUCCGUACACCUCGUGGAGAAUAAAGCAGGCGGCUUUAUUUGCGUUCAUGCACUUCUGUUUUUUGAUGGUUUUCUUUGGCCAUUUUGUUCACCAAAUCGUGACUUGGGUGCUCGCGUUUUUGCUGCAGACGGCAGCACUUUGCAUCUCCAUCUUUCAUAUUGCGAUUGUCACGGACUACGCGGACAGAAUGAACAACGCAAUGGAACUUGAGCAGCAACUCAACCCACUGAUCAUUGCGGAGUUGAGUAUUCGCUGCUUUGCGUUGCUGCAUUGCGUCCUGAUGGGUGGCUGGAUAAUGAUGAUCGCCAGUCUGUUGGAACUGGUGUACGACUACUGGAUUUUUAGGAAAGGGGACUUAAUUGUAGAUGCAACAACGGCGUGGAAAAAACUUGGUGCUCUUGAGAUUGACUCGCGCGUGCGUUUGGUGUACCAGGCGUUUAUGGUGGUAGUUGCAAUCUUAAACCUCGUCCUCUCACUGAUGUCCAUGUGA